CAUUAUAUCUUGUUUCAUAUCAGCUUUGCAAAGAAUACUGCCUUACAAAUCCCAGUGAGUGAGAUAAAGGGCACUGUAUGAUAUAAACACACUAGAAAAUACAAAACAAAUAAAAUAAAUACAGCAUAAAGUAAGAGGGAAAAGAGCAUCUAUCAAAACAAUGAAAGGUAUUACAAUGAAGGCACAAGCUUGCAAGGAAUUGGCAGAGCAUGAAAAAGUUUCUGACCAGAUCAAAAUUACACAAAGAGAUCUAGAGCAGGAUGGAUUCUCGAAAAAUCCUUUUUUCCAAGGAAUUAUUGCUGAAGUACCAGAACACCUUAAGUCCAAAACUGGUCAUACCAGCAUUGGGUACUCGCUGUACUUCUACACAUACAGCUCAUGGAAGGGCCGAGCAGUGUACAUGGAGGACUUGUAUGUAAUGCCAGAGUUCAGAGGCAAAGGCAUUGGCAAGGCUCUGAUGGCCAAAGUUGCUCAGCUUGGUUUGGCCGCUGGUUGCACGCAGCUGAAUUUCACUGUACUGGAAUGCAACAAGUCAUCCCUUGACUUCUACCUAAAGCAGGGCUCCUGGGAUUUGACCUCUGACCUUGGUUAUCACUGUAUGCGCUGUGAGGGUGAUGCCCUUGAAAAUUUGGCCCGGGGAGACCUUUAAAUUUUGCAGCAUGUUGAGUGCAUAUUCCCAAACAGAGCCACACGCAACAGGUUGUUUGAAAUGAAUAAGCACUGUUGCAAACAAAGCUACUAUAGACGUGCACUACUGGAAAGAGCUGUGUGACGACAAACAUUUUGUUUUUGCUCUUCUCAGUAAAGAAUGUGUAAAUAUGUUAAGAAUUAUUUAUUUUGCCUAUUUGAACUCUGAAGUAUAGGUUGUAAACCAAAGAUUCAGAAUCACUUUGUUGUUUCACUAGAUAGUAUAAAUAUAUUUAGUAUUUUAUUACACACAAUAUUUCUAUCAGUGGAAAAGGGAGGAAAUUGGGUUGAUGCUGUUACCAUUGUUGUUAACAAUGCUUUAUUUCUUAACUGUUUGUGAACUACGUAGUAGUAAUACACAAGAGAACCUAUGUAUGAAUAGUUAAUUUUGUCCUGAAAUUCAGAUAUGUUCUAACUUCUUGGUAAGAAACCCACACGCUGUUACUGAAGAUACUAAUAUGUAACCAGGCUUGGGGAGUAACAGAUUACAUAUAAGUUACGUAAUUAGGAUACAAAAAACUAACUGUAAUCCAUUUUUUACAGUUGUUACAGAUACAUACAAAAACAUAGUAAUCAGAUUACAGUUACAUAUUGUAAAAAUGGGAAUACUUUCAUGAUUACAAUGGUUUCACUUAAAGCGAAAUAAAUUAUUUUUUUUACCAUAAUAACACUUAUUUUAAAGCACUGUUUUAUUAUACAGUAGUUCCUGUUUCUGUUGUCAGUGAUGACUCACGUGAGCCACCUGCUGGUGCAUGCGCAAAUAACACUUCAUUCUCUACACUGACAUAAAUUGAAUCGCAGCUAUUCGAGACAACAGUGCUCCUCGCGGGGAAAAUCAUGUUAGCUAAAAUGUUGUUUGUUAGUACUUUAAAAUUCUGUGGUUGGUGUGAUUGCAGUUGUAAGUGGUUCUGGGAACUGUACAAAUGAACACAACAUUAGUCUACUCACAAUGUCCUUUCUCAAAUUUCUAAAAUUUUAAAAAGAUGUAUAGGGAAAAUACCACUGCCAACGUCCCAGGCCAAAUAACGGCUUCAGUCAGCAUUUUACCUGUAGAUUUUGUGAGACUUUUUACAUUUUAUAUUUUAAACUAUAAUUAUAAAUAAUAAAUAAAACAUAAAAUAAUAUAUAUAAAACGUGUGACCUCGAAGGAAUCCAAAAGUAAUCU